AUGUUGAAUUUGAGAAUUGGGAGUUGCUAUCCAAAGACAUAUGUUGGAGUGAAUGCAGGUCUAGCUUGUGUUGAUGGAGUGAUUGCUCUUCUUGCUUUCUUUCAGUUGAUGAGGAUCCAUGCAAGGAAUUCAAAUUGGACCCGUCAAAAAGUAUUUCAUCUAGUGAUUGGAUCCUCUAAUUUGGGGUAUUCCAUUUAUUUUGUGUUGACUCUUUUGGCUGCUUGUAAGAGUUGGCUUUGCUGGUCGUACACCUGUGGUUUCAUUAGUAUGGCUUUCCCGAAAAUACUGUUUGUUUCAGCUUUUCUUCUACUCUUGUCAUUCUGGGUUGAUAUUUUCCAUCACUCAGAUGAGGACGACGAGGAUGAAGGAUUGAGUCCCCAAGAGGCCUUGCUGGAAAAGACAAGUAAAUUUGAUUCAAUUGCCAAUUGUCUCGGAGAAUGGUGCUCCUUUAGGACGACACACAUAGGAAGAUGGCAAAAAGUCGUGAUUCUGGUUACCUUGUUAACUUUCGCAAUAACAAUAGUUUCUGCUGUGUUAAUAUGGAUUGAGAUGGGAAAAAGUUCUAUUGAUUCCCAAGUUGUGGCUCAGGUAUACGUAGAUCUCUUAGCAAUAGCUGUUGUUUUCCUAGGAGGAGCAUUGGCUUGCUAUGGGCUUCUACUCUUCAAGAAAAUGAGAAAAGUGAGAUCCGACCGGGCUACGUGUGAAAAGUGGAAGUUUGCAGGUUUGGCCGUGGUAUCCAUUGUUUCUUUUACAUCAAGUGCUUAUGCUGCCAUAGCUACAAAUAUACCUCUGAUUUAUCACUGGCGUCAACAAGACAUAGAUGGUGUUUAUACGCCGCUUUUAUUGGUUCUGUAUUAUCUUAUAGGUUCUUCAGUGCCCUCGGCCUUUGUACUAUGUGGGAUGAGCGAACUCCCACCCUCGGUUAAAACUGAUAGACAAGACGAAUGGUUAACAAUAGCUUUCAUCAGUGAUGAUGAUUCGGUAGCAGCAGAUCCGCAGCCCUCGAACGCUGCUGGUAGCAUGCAGAUUCAGGAAUCAACAGCAAGCCCUACAUGA